AAAGUUUUCUUUUUCGGCAAUAUUUGGGGUUUUAGCUGAAUUUGUUUGUUGGAGGGGUUUUUGGUGUUGUUUUGUAUGCUUAGAUUGGGGAUUAUUGGAAUUCCGAGGAUUUUAUUUUGAUAAUCUACGAUCAGCUAGUGAGAUUUUUCUUGCAUGCGGAGUUGAAUGGAGAUGGAGAGUUUGAAGGCGUUGUUACUGUUUAUUUUUCUGCACGCAGCCUGCCAAGUAGCGAUUUCUGCUGAGCCAAAAACAUGUCCGGCUGACUUUUCUAGUGGUUGUGCUGCUGAUUCUGAUGAAUGGAAGGGGGAGUUCUUCCCUGACAUCCCUAAGAUUAAGUAUGAGGGCCCUUCCAGCAAAAAUCCACUGUCUUUUAGAUGGUAUAAUCCUGAAGAGGUGAUCCUUGGGAAAAAAAUGAAGGAUUGGCUGAGGUUUAGUGUUGCUUUUUGGCACACAUUCCGUGGGACAGGGUUAGAUCCAUUUGGUGCACCAACAAAGAUGUGGCCAUGGGAAGAUGGCACUAACUCCUUGGCAAUGGCUAAGAGAAGAAUGAGGGCAAACUUUGAGUUCAUAGAGAAGCUUGGAGUUGAGAAAUGGUGCUUCCAUGACAGGGAUAUUGCUCCAGAUGGUAAAACAAUUGAGGAAACAAAUGCUAACUUGGAUGAAAUAGCAGCUCUAGCCAAAGAGCUUCAGGGGAAAAAGAUUGUUCCUUUGUGGGGCACAGCUCAGUUGUUCCACCAUCCGAGAUACAUGCAUGGAGCUGCAACUAGCUCUGAAUUGGGAGUAUUCGUAUAUGCUGCAGCACAGGUCAAGAAAACCAUGGAGAUUACGCACUUUCUUGGUGGAGAGAACUAUGUGUUCUGGGGUGGCCGUGAGGGAUAUCAUUCUCUGUUGAACACGGACAUGGAAAGAGAACUCAAUCACAUGGCAAGGUUCCUUGAAGCGGCAGCUGCCUAUAAAAAGAAAAUCGGUUUCAAUGGUACACUACUGAUCGAGCCUAAGCCCCAGGAGCCCACAAAGCAUCAGUAUGACUGGGAUGCAGCGACAGCUGCUAACUUCCUUCGCACCUAUGGAUUGAUAGAUGAAUUCAAACUCAACAUCGAAUGCAACCAUGCUACUCUAUCUGGUCACAGCUGUCAUCACGAGGUUGAGACUGCAAGAAUCAACGGUCUGCUUGGGAACAUUGAUGCAAACUCUGGAGACCCUCAAGUUGGCUGGGACACCGACCAGUUCCUGAUGGAUGUAGGAGAAGCAACUUUGGUCAUGCUCUCUGUUAUUAAAAACGGAGGAUUGGCACCGGGAGGGUUUAAUUUUGACGCAAAGCUGCGACGAGAGAGCACGGAUGUUGAGGACAUUUUCAUCGCACAUAUUGCCGGCAUGGACACUCUGGCACGUGGUCUACGAAACGCUGCAAAGCUCAUCGAGGACGGCGCUUUGACUGAGCUAAUCCGGAAGAGAUAUCAAAGCUUUGACUCGGAACUCGGCUCCCAGAUUGAGGCUGGAAAGGUUGACUUCGAAUUGCUCGACAAGAAAGCCAAGGAAUGGGGCGAGCCGAAAGUCCCUUCCGCCAAACAGGAGCUAGCGGAGAUGAUAUUACAGCGAGCGAUAUAGACGACAUGACCGAACGCCGGCUGGGACACAUGUUAGGUAUGUUAUGUUUUAAGGUUGUGUUAUGCUAGAGGUCCGUCCAGUACAAGUUUGCGCCACUCGUUUCUAUAGUGGCAGCGGCAACGACGGCAGGCCAGAUGAGGGUGGUUGUGUAUGGUCGACGGACGCUUGUUUCCGGUCGGUCAUUCUUGUUUUUGUUCGGACAGCGAUAGAUUCAGAACCAAAUAAUUAACCAACACGCCCGUGUUUUUCGUUUUA